AUAAGCAAUGCAAAAGGUAAAUUUGUCUAAUUAUAAAAAAAUAAUAUUAUCUUUUUUUUAUAUUAUUUACAUAAAAUAUAUAUUCUAUAAUUGUAUUUUUUUCUAUAGAGAAGAAAUUUUUUUUAUGAAAUUUAUUUUAGAAAGAGUUAAUUAAGAUUGUUGAAGUUCGAGAACAUGAUUCAAAACUGUUACGCAGGAAGGUAUAAUGAUGACAAUAUUCAAUAUUCAAAUAAAAAUAAAAGAAACGAGAUAAGAUUUCUAAGGGUCCUAUAAUAUUAUUUCUUCACAUCAUUCCGAAGGAUGCGUUCAGAUUUUCAAUUCAAGUGCUUAUUUUAUCCUCGGUAAAAUUUACUCAUCCGAAAGUAUCAUUUUACUCUUGUCUAACAUUCAGUAAACAAUUUAAGCAUAAAAUGACACCUGGAGACCUGGGUGAAGAAUCUAAACGCACCCUUGUAUAGAUGGAUGAGCGGGUAAGAAAGUUUCUAACUAGCAGUCACAUCCUCUGGUUUCAGUUGCUCGAGGGCGCCACGUGCUUCGCAUGACACUCAGGUGGCAAAUUUCCUGGUGUACGAACGUGUACAUGCAUGGACGAACACGUAUGCAAGUAUUUUCAUUUUACGCUAAAUAUGGUCAGCUGAUGUUGCGUUUCAUUUGCCUAAUACGAAGAUCAGUUUCAAUGUCAGGAGAUGAGAAUCGGUUAUAUUUAAUACCACAUGCGCGUCAAAAUACGGAUAGGGUGCAAAUAAUAGUCGCUCGUUAUAAUCCAAUAUUAAUAAUCUAAUAUUGAAACAUAUUUAUAUCAGUCACGUGUUAUAAUUUUAAUAUUGAAUUUAUUAGAUAUUGGCUGCAAUCAAAAUAUUAAUAAAAAAAUUUGAUCUGGCAUAACUAAUUUUCUCAUGUAAUAAUUAAGUAUAAUUUUAAAUAUAAAGUUAACAAUAAAAAUCUCCCAAAAGUAGAUCUUGUGCAAUCCAGUUCACAUAAAUCGAUUUAUAUAAAUUUUCAUGAUUCUAUUUUUGAAUUCUACUCUUAUCUUAAACUUUUAAAAUAUUAAUUAUUAUUAUUUUAAAUAUCUAUAGAGCAAUUUUAUCUUAUUUAAAACUUUUUUUUAUAUAUAUUCAAAUAAAAUUUUAAAGUUUCAUGAAAGAUUUAAAAUCUAUGUUAUUUAUAGUUUUCUAAAGAAUAAGCUGGUCCAAAAGAUAGAGACAAAAGCAAGUAAAAAUAAUACAAUAGAUAUAGAAAGGAGAAUUCACAUAAAAGUGACACGUGCACGAUUGCAGAGUAAGGCUGCGCAAUUAUCGAUCGCUACAGUUCCACUUUUGUAAGACAGAAAUGUAGCUACAGUUUCUCCCCUUACGCCCUUCGAGUCAACCCUCACACAUCCUGCCAGGACGUGAUUUUUCAUCGAUGCCUUUCUAGCGUCACAAGUCGUAUUUCUCAUGCGAAGGUUACGAUGAGCCAAAGGUCAGACUUUUUUUAGAGUAUUCAUAGCUUAACCGGUUCGGAUUAAAGUCGUAAAAUCGAUCGAAAAACUUAUUGCUGUACACUACACGAUUACACAUAUUUAUUCAAGAAGAUGCGCCACUACGAUUGUAGCUGUAGCCACUUAAAAAGUAACUAGGGCUAAAGUUACUAGACAAAAGCAAUUUAUUAAUAACGUAUGGGACGAUUUAUUCUAGCAAACGAUUUUACUCUGAAAUAUUCAUGAAAUCAUGAGAUAGAUUUCAAAUGGAGAUUACAUCUAAGGGUCGAUUGUGACUGCGUAUCAAGAUUCACUGUUAGCUCGCAACGUGUUCAUUUUGAUACCGUUUGUCGCGAAUAGAAGUACAGAGGUGUCACGUGUUUGGCUGGUUGAGCACGAAAGAAGAAAAUUUGAGAAAAUCUAACGAGAUUUGUAUGUACGAAAGAGAUUGUAUUUACAUCUACGAAGUACGUUUUGACUCCCUCGGCGUGGAGGGGAGAAAGACACGUCUACUGUGAUAAAGAAAAAAUCGCCGGUUAAAUUAAAGAAAACUUCUGUGUAAGACUGGCUUUAGUCUCUACACGUUGUCUACGCAAAUCAUUGGAUCAAAGAGUUCAAUAACAUCCUAAAAAUGUCGAUUCAAGGAAUUGAGAAGGUUAACACACAAGCUGAAACGGCGCAAUGUUUGCCAAAACUUUACAACAUAUAUAAGAAAUUGAAGAUCAAGAACACUUCCUUGACAGAGGCACUCUCAAAAGAAAAACAAAACAGUCAAGCAUUUUUGGCACAAAAUGUACAGCUAAUGGAACAAAUUCAAAAGUUAAAAGUGGCAUACAACACGCGAAAUACUGUAAUUUCCAAUGUACUGAAUAAUGCAAAAGAAGUACAGAAAAUGUUAGAUAUAAUGACUAAAUACACAACAAAUACUAUUUUCAUAUGCCAAAAGGAGCUUGAUGCUUCCAACAUUGAUGUGAAACUGUCAUCUUCUGUUUCUGUCAAGAAAGAUUUGUCCAACAAAAUGUCGAGAAAAUCACCAGUCAAAGAUGUGGUGAAACCUAUGGUGAAUGAGUACACCAAACCUAUAAUUAAUUUAAGUCAAAUUAACAUGGAGAAUAUUAAUAAUAUAUCGAAACUGAGUGAUAUACAACAAGAAGUAAUUACACCUACUAAAAGUCCAAAAAUUAACGAGACUAGAUCACCAAUUACUUCUUUGUCCUCUAUACCUCUAAAUUAUAAAAACGAUGGUACGUACAGACUGCCAGAAAGAUUGACAAUUUCAUCUUCCCGAGAUAACGAGACAAACAAACAAAAAUUAAAAAGAAAAAGAGGAAAUUGCCAUUUAGUAUCUGACAAUGAUAAAACUCCAUCAAGUACGAAACAUUAUGAAAUAAUUGAUAUCACAAGUGAGGAGAGUGAUGAUGACACGAUUGUAUUAGACAAAAUAAAUGCGGAAUCGCAGUUUAUUAACGAGGAAAGUAAAACGCACACAGACGCAUCAAGAAAAGAUAACGUACAACUAAAUAAUAGAGUCUCUACUAAAAAAUUUAGGUGGAAUGCGAGUAUGACGAAAAAAUCGAAGCUGUCGCAAAAUAAUACCCGAACUUGUGAGAAAAAAGGUCUGCAGAAAGAUCCAAAGUCGCUGUUCAAUAAUAUUACAUCACUCCAGGAUGAGCUAGAAAAACUCAAAUCUAGUGUUACGAAAAGCAACAAAGAGAUAUCGAAAGCUACGCAAAAUACUCAAGGGGAGGAAAAAAGUCCACAGGAAGAUCUAAAGUCGCUGUCCAACAAUAUCAUACCACUGCAGGAUGAGCUAGAAAAACUCGAAUCUAGCGUUACGAAAAACAACAAAGAGAUAUCGAAAGCUACGCAAAAUACUCAAGGGGAGGAAAAAAGUCCACAGGAAGACCUAAAGUCGCUGUUCAAUAAUAUCACGUCACUGCAGCAUAAGCUAGAAAAACUCAAAUCUAGCGUUAUGAAAAGCAACAAAGAGAUAUCAAAAGCUACGCAAAAUACUCAAGGGGAAGAAAAAAGUCCACAGGAAGAUCUAAAGUCGCUGUCCAACAAUAUCAUAUCAUUGCAGGAUGAGCUAGAAAAACUCGAAUCUAGCGUUACGAAAAACAACAAAGAGAUAUCGAAAGCUAUGCAAAAUACUCAAGGGGAGGAAAAAAGUCCACAGGAAAACCCAAAGUCGCUGUCCAAUAAUAUCAUGCCACCGCAGGAUGAGCUAGAAAAACUCGAGUCUAACGUUACGAAAAGCAACAAAGAGAUAUCGAAAACUAUACAAAAUACACAAGGGGAGGAAAAAAGUCCACAGGAAGAUCCAAAGUCGCUGUCCAAUAAUAUCAUGCCACCACAGGAUGAGCUAAAAAAACUCGAGUCUAACGUUACGAAAAGCAGCAAAGAGAUAUCGAAAACUAUACAAAAUACACAAGGGGAGGAAAAAGGUCCACAGGAAGACCCAAAGUCGCUGUUCAACAAUUUCAUGUCAAUGCAGGAUAACGAGCCAGAGAAACUUGAAUCUAGCGUUACGGAAAGUAACAAAGAAAUAUUGGAAGCUACUGAUAUGCCAUCAUCGGAGAAAGACGCAGCACCCAUAACCGAAUCUAAUUCUUAUCAAAAAGCGGGGAUUAAUAUUGGUGAACUACUUCCGGCAGCGACUGCAUCCAAUUAUGAAAGAACUUUAGAUGAUCCCAAAGAUGUCACUGUUAAGAAAAAAAAUGAAAAUGAUCGUACGUACAGGCUGCCAGUAAGAUUGACAAAUUCAUCAUCACAAGAUAAUGCGAUGGACAAACAAGAAUUACAAAGAAAAAAAGUACGCUAUUUUUCAAGACGAUUAGCAAGCGCCUCUCUUUCGCCAGCGCAAAGGACAAUGUAUGAAACUUUGUCAAGUGCUGAAUAUAUUGAACAAAUUGACCUCACAAAUGAUGAUGACACACCUCACGAGCUAUCGGAUAGAAUAAAUGUGGAAUCGCAGUCUGUUAAGGAGGAGAAUGAAAUGCACGCAGAUGUAUCGGAAAAAGAUAACGUACAAAUAAAUAGUAAAGUCCCUAAUAAGAAUUUUAGGGAUUGGAAUAAGAAUAAACCCAAAAACUCAAAACUGUCGCAAAAUAAUAUCCAAGAGGAGGAAAAAGGUCCACAGGAGGAAAGUCCAAAGUUAUUCAACAAAACUAUGCCAUCACAAGAUAAUGAGCCAAAGAAACUUGAAUCUAGCGUUACGUUAGGUAACAAGGAAAUAUCGAAAGCUACUGAUGUGUCAGAAAGAGAUGCGGUGCCUAUUGCCGAUGAUUCUGGUUCUGACUCUAACUCUUCUUGUCACAAAGCGGGCAUUAAUAUUGGCAAGUUACUUUCGAUAGCGACCGCGACCAAUCGUGAAAGGAGUUCAAAUAGCAAAGAUUCCGUUAUCCAAAUCGAAAGUGAUACCGAAUUAAUGAUACCGAAAAACACGAACAUCACUGUAUUGAAGCCAAGCACAAACGAAUCUGACUAUUUUAAUAUUAUGAUAAAAUUGCCGUUAAUUUCAUUUAAUGAUCAUAAGAAAACAUCGACACUAGAUAAGACAAAACAUUCCAAUAUAAGCGUUAAAAAAACGAAUACGAAAGUGCAAAUGAGUCCCGCGAAAAAUUCUUCGACAAUUAGUGAAGCCAAAUGGAAAAAUAUUCGAGAUCCGAGCAAGGUGAAAGUUUUAUUGGAGAAACUGGAUAAGUCAAUCCCAAAACCUCGCUCAACAAUACCGAAAAUUCAACCUCAGAAAAGACGUUCGAUGAAGAUAAUCGAAACUUAAAAGAAUCUCAAUUGAAUAAGUAAAAAUUCUGUUCUUGGAUCAGAAUAUGUUCUCGUGAGAGAAAACCUCUAAUCAUGAUAAUUAGUGGGACAAUGGAUUUUGAAGAAUUUUACUAUAAUUUUAAUAAAAUUUAUUGAAAUAUCUGUAAAAUUUAUUAAAAUAUCUGUAAAAUUAAAUAUUAUUCUUUUUAUUAUAGAAAUGCAUUUAUUGUAAAACUCUAAUCAGAAAGUGCGAUAUGACUCCCCACAUUAGAAAUGCACACUACAAUGCUUAUAAUUGUAACAUUUGUGGUAAAAGUCAUUAUAAUAUUGAAACAUUAGGAUCGCAUAAGGCGAGAGUGUAUAAUUAAAAUAAACAUGUUUUAAAAACAA